AUGGGCUCCUCACCAGUUACGGAGUGGAAGUGGGAUGAGUCAAAAGGUGCCAUCGCUGCCCUGCAUGAUGCUGCGCCACUGGUUUGGGUGGGAAGGAUCAGCGUGGCGGCUAACUGUUGGCAGGCCGAUUUCACCAGCACUCAAAAACUAUCCCCAAGCUGCCGGAUUGAGAACGAGGCCCCAAAAAAGUCUAGUUAA